UUCUUUCACAUUAAAUAAACAUGUAUCGAAAUUGACAGCAAACUACUUGUUUUGGAUUAAAAAAUUAAAAUAAAAAUAAAAAUAGGAUUAUUAAUUAACAGAAAGUAUUAAAAAAAAAAAGAUUACUCUUAAUAAUGGCAGGAGAAGUUAUUGAAGAUGCCUUGCCAUAUAUCGAUCAAGGGUACGACGAACCAGGAGUUAGAGAAGCAGCUUUAGCUAUGGUAGAAGAGGAAACGCGACGUUACAGACCAACCAAAAAUUACUUAGAACACCUUCCAGCUCUGAAUAUGAAUGCAUUUGAAACUGAAGUUAUGAAACAUGAAUUUGAAAGACUUCAGAAUUGUUUAACGAUGGAAGUUCUCACAAUGAAACGAUACGAACUUCCUCCUCCGGCUCCUGGGAAAAUGAACGAUCUUUCAGCUUGGACUGAAAGUGUAGAAAAUAGUUACGCUCAAUUGCAGCAUCAAGCAACUAGAAUUUGCAAUUUGGAGCAAAUGAUGGAUUAUGGAUGCGAGGCAUGGAAGUCUUAUUUAGAAGUUCUAGUUCAGUUAUUGAAUGACUCUCAAAAGCAAGUUCAAGGAUUAAAGAAAGAAAUUCAGGAAAUAAAUUGGCAGAGGAAAUCAAUGCAGACACAGGGUGGAGAAAAACUGAGAGCCCUCGAAGCUCAAUGGGUGGGAUUAGUGUCAAGAAAUUAUGAAAUUGAACAAGCUUGUGUACACUUGAAAGAGGAAAUUAUGAAAAAUGGACAUUUGGAUUUUACCGCUGUACCUGAAAAUGAUCAGGAACCCGCCGUUCCUGGUCAAAAUGCCACAGAGACGAUGGCAAUGGAAAUAAGACAAAAUUAAUGAAAAUCAAUUCCUAAAUUCAAAAUUUUAUACUUUAAAUACUUUAAUUCUACGUUUACUACCUUAAAGACUUUUAAUAAUACUUUUACCAUGAAGCAAUGGUUCUGUUAUUUAUUGAUUGUGAAAAUAAACCUACUCAACCAACA